CAAUGGGAGGAACAAUCGAGAAAGCGACCUCCAAAUACUUGCAGUAUUUUAUGACGGAUUAUUCCUACUAAUCCAGCUCCCCUGAUCCUGGCCUAAACACUGUCUCUAUAAAUAGAACAAGGCCGUGCAACAACUUGAUCACAAGUUAACCAGGUCAUCACCAACAUACAAAGCUAACACCACUAGCUUAGCUCGCUUGGUCUCCCAAAGGAAGAACAUAUAUGGCCACUCCUCUCAACCUUCUCAUUGCUCUCCUCUUCAUCGUCGUCUCCGUUCAAGGGACAAAUGGGGCCGAUCGCUGCGCCGCGUCGAGCAGCAUCGAUGUGCAGACCAUCAACACCGGCGAGGCCGCGGCCGGCGGCGGCGACACGGUGUUCGAGGUGCAGGUGAAGAACCUGUGCGGCUGCAGCGUCAGGGACGUCCGGCUCGACGGCGGCGGCUUCGCGACGACGGUGGAGGUCGACCCGGCCGUGUUCCGCGCCGCCGACGACGGCGGCGACUACUACCUGGUGAACGGCGGCGGGCCGAUCGCCAGCAUGGCCACCGUCAGCUUCCGCUACACCUGGGACCACUUCUUCCAGAUCACUCCCCGGAGCAUGGAGGAAGAUCAGUGCUAGCUAUAGCUAGCUACAUACACUUGGGUACAUAUGCAAAGUUGGAGGGAAUAAUAUUCUUGCGUGAGCUAAUACACAUGUGUUGCAGUGUUAGCUAGUACUAUAUAUACUAAUGUUCCAUGAAAAGCUAGGUCAAGUGUGGAAGAAUUAUUCCUGCAUGGGUUUAUAUAUGUGUAGUACAGUGGUCUAAUGUGUACUGAGUGAGGGAUCGAAUAUUACAAAAAAAGUUUAGCUCAAUAAUGUAUACGGUCUUUUGCAUCUCAAUAAAUGGUUUGUAAUUGCUAGUUA